AUGGAGACUCUUGGAAGGGGCUAUGUUUUCCCGUUGGAAAACUAUAAAGUAAGUUUUCAAACAAAUAAAUACUCAUUUUUAAAAAACACGUGACAUCACUAAAAUAAAAAUAUUCACGUGUUUUCUAAAUGCUCAUUUCUCGAUUUACUAGAUUCAAAAAAUGAUCCUUCCUCUUGUGAGAUCAUUUGCUUUCUAAAAAAAACUAAUAUUUUGGUUUUCAGAAAGGUGCCCGGGUUUGGCAUCGCCAUCCACAUUUGAUUUGGAUUGGCGGACAGUUGGAGCACGACGUCAGUUUUGAGACGAGGAAAAUUCGACUGAAGCUUGACGAUGAUACGGUAAGUUCUGAAUAUUUUGUCUUCAAACCCUUUUGUCAUGUUUACUUACUGACUCAUUUUGGGUUUUGAAAUAUUUUUCUUAUCAUAUGCAUAAUUGAAUAUGAUAGAUAGGGAAAAGUGUUCGAAAAAGUUAUCAAGAAUAUUUUUUGCAGACCGCUGAAUUCGAUAUCUCGUCAUUCGAACAACUGCCGUUUUUGAGGAAUCCGCAAAUUUUGGUUGGAAAGGAUGAUCUCACACUGUUAUCAUAUUUGCACGAACCCGCAGUUCUCCACAACUUGGAAUUCCGAUUUGUGGAUCGACAAACAAUAUACACAUAUUGUGGAAUUGUUUUGGUCGCAAUAAAUCCAUAUUCGGAUUGUUCACAUUUAUAUGGCGAGGAUAUAAUUCAAGUUUAUCGAGGAAUCGGAAAAUCGGUUCGAGAACUCGAUCCACACAUUUUCGCAGUCGCUGAAGAAGCAUUUUUUGAUAUGCGCGAAUUCUCGAAAUCGCAAUCAAUUAUUGUUUCGGGAGAAUCCGGAGCUGGAAAAACAGUGUCGGCGAAAUUUGUGAUGCGAUAUUUGGCAUCGGUGGCAUCAUCGAAUAAAAAAGGAGGAACAACUGGAAUUGAGCAAAGAGUAUUAGCGAGUAAUCCAAUUAUGGAAAGCAUUGGAAACGCCAAAACAAUUCGAAAUGACAAUUCGUCUCGUUUUGGAAAAUUUAUUCAAAUCAACUUUGCUGAUAAUGGAAAACGAAUCGCUGGAGCUGAAAUGAAGACGUAUUUGCUCGAAAAAAGUCGACUAGUAUUCCAAGCACCCGGUGAACGAAAUUAUCACAUUUUCUACCAAAUGUGUGCAGCCAGACAUCAUCCAAUUGUCAAAGAUUUGCAUUUGGGUGGUUGUGAAUCAUACAGUUAUCUUGUGCAAGGUGGAGAUAGUCGAAUUCCCGGUGUUUAUGACAAACAUGAUUUUGAUGAUCUUGUGAAUGCUCUCGGUCUUCUUGGAUUUGAUGAAAAGCAAAGUGCAGAUGUUUUCCGACUUCUCGCUGGUAUUCUUUUGCUCGGAAAUGUUCAUUUUGAUAAUGGAGAAGGUUGUUCAGCAGUUGCCGUGAGUUUUUAUAAUUUUUUUUCUCAUAAUUUUGAUCACAAUUUUCUUUUCAGGCAUCCUCAUCAACUGAAAUCGCUCAACUCUGCUCCCAAAUUUGGAAUAUUGAUGAGAACGCAUUGCGAAUUUGGUUGACACGACGAGAAAUUCGAGCUGUCAAUGAAGUUGUCACCAAAAGUUUGACAAAAGAUGAAGCGAUUCGAUCGCGAGAUGCUCUCACAAAAAUGGUUUACUCCCAGUUGUUCAAUUAUCUGGUUGAGAAAAUAAAUGGAGCGCUGAAUGAAAAUGUGACGGCAGCGACACCGAUGAAAAAGAAAAUCGAGCGAUUCAUCGGAGUCCUCGAUAUUUAUGGAUUCGAAACAUUCGAUGUCAAUUCAUUCGAGCAGUUUUGCAUCAAUUAUGCAAAUGAAAAACUGCAACAACAAUUCAAUCAACACGUUUUCAAAUUGGAACAAGAAGAAUAUGUGAGAGAAGAAAUUGAUUGGGUUCGAGUCGAUUUUCAUGAUAAUCAACCUGCUAUUGAUUUGAUUGAAGGACCAAUUGGAUUAAUUAGUCUUCUCGAUGAACAAUGCAAAAGAUUGAAUGGAAGCGAUAUUGAUUGGCUCAGUCAAUUAAACAAUAAUUCCGAAUUGAAAAGAAAUCCACAAUUGACAUUCCCACGAGUUCGAUGCAAUGAUUUCAUUGUUCGCCACUUUGCUGCAGAUGUCACUUAUACAAUCGAUGGAUUUGUUGAAAAAAAUCGAGAUGCGAUUGGAGAACAAUUAUUGAAUGUCAUUGCAUCGAGCCAAUUUGAAUUCAUGCGGAAUGUUGUUGAAAGUGCGAGAAUAAUUCCGCCAUCAAAUGGAACACCAACAUUGAAAAGAGGUGGAAAACGAACCGUCGCCAGCCAAUUUAGAGAUUCGCUCAAAGAAUUGAUGAAUGUUUUGUGUUCGACAAGACCGCAUUAUGUUAGAUGCAUCAAGCCGAAUGAUAGUAAAACAAGGUAAUUUUGUUUUUUUUAUUGAAAAUUGCUAAUUUUUGUUAUUUACAGCUUCGAAUUUGAACCAAAACGAGCUAUUCAACAACUUCGAGCUUGCGGUGUUUUGGAAACUGUUCGAAUUUCGGCAGCUGGAUUUCCAUCUCGAUAUCCUUAUGAUGAAUUUGCUCGAAGAUAUCGAGUUCUAUACACGAAACAAUCUGUCGCACUUUGGCGAGAUUCACCCAAAGAAUUCGCCAAAUUGGCCUGCGAAGAAUGUUUAGAAGAUGGAAAAUUCGCAUUGGGAAAAUCGAAAAUAUUUUUGAGAACCGGACAAGUUGCGAUUUUGGAACGAGUUCGAUUGGAAAAACUGUCAUCGGCAGCUGUUAUGAUUCAAAAAACAUGGAAAGGAUUCGUUGCUCGAAGAAAUUAUGAGACGAAAAAGAAAGCAUUGCUCAUUGUACAAGCUUCUCUCAAAGCAUUUUUGGCUUUUCGAAGAAUCAAGUAUUUACAAAUGCAUCGAGCUGCGAUUACAAUGCAAACGGCUGUGAGAGGAUUUAUCGAAAGACAGAAAUAUAAUCGAUUACGGAAAUGUGUUAUUGCUAUUCAAUCGCAUUAUCGAGCACAAGUUGUUAGAAGAUAUGUGGAAAAGGUGAGCGAAAAAAUUCUGGGAUUUUUUUAUUUGAGCCAAAUUUUCGUUUAUUAAAAAAAUAAUUUCAGAUACGCUAUGAAAAAUCGGCGAUCGCAAUUCAAUCAGCUUGGAGAGGAUAUCAAGUUCGCAAGGAACAAAUUGCUCGAAGAAAGAAAAUUAUCAUGGUUCAAUGUGCUGUCAGAAAAUUCUUGGCGAAAAAACGACUUCGUGAGCUCAAAGUAAGAUUAUUUUAAAAUAUCUGCUUUUCAAAUUUUCAUAAUUUUUUUUAGAUCGAAGCUCGAUCUGUUGUCCAUCUUCAAAAACUGAAUACCGGAUUCGAAAACAAAAUUAUUGAAUUGCAAAUGAGAUUGGAUAGUGUGGUGAGUGCAUUUUUAUUAUUUACACGAAGAUUAUUUUUUAUUUUUGAGUGAUUCUUGCUCUUUUUCAUAAUGAGAAAUUAGAAUAUCAAAAUUUCGACUUUUUUUGCACAUCUUCAUAUUUUUUCUAUCGAUUUUCAAUAAUAAUCAAAUGAUGUUCUCGAAAAAAAGCAAAUGUGAAAAACAUUUUAUGACAUUUGUUCUAUAUUUUAUUCAUUCAAACAUUUGAUUUAUUCACUUGUCUCAAACAAGUUGUUGCGAGUUUUUGUUUUGGGGCAAAUAAGACGCAUUUUUGAGAACUAGAAGAGUCCUUGUGGGAUUUCGUCGGGUUGUUUUGUUCUCAACAUUUUUUUGAAUAACUUGUUUGUUUUUUCUAGUUUUUGUGAAAAUUAGAAAAUUUUUUGAAAACUAGAAGUAGGUUUAGUUGGGAAUGGAAUUUUUUGUUUUCAUGCCAAAAUGCAGUUUUUAAAAAAUUAUAAUUCAAAUUUAUUAUUGGUUUUGGAAUAUUCAGAAGAUCUGGAAAUAUGAAAAGUACUUAAGUCUUAAUUUGUGAUGUGGAUUUCAAGAUAAUUCAAAUGUCGUAUUUUUUCCGGUUGAACACACAUGUUGCUGUUGUUUCGCGACAAUCAUCAUUAAUCAAAAGAUGUUUUUUUCUAUUUAUUUCUUUCCUGAACACUUUUCUAUAUUUAUCUAUUACUUACAAAAACAAAAGAUGCAUUUCAGGCAUCAUUAUAUUUUUUUGGUACUUGAAAUGCGUUUUUUUUGUUUAGUGAGUCGUUCACAUUUUGUUCGGAUUAUGGCCUGAUUUUUAAAGUGAGAGGAAACGAGCUAUUUUAUUUUGUGUUUUUCAAAUGAGUUUUUCGUAGUCCCGUGUGAAUUUUUUUGAGCUAUGAGAUUUUAGGUUCUAUGGGGAUAUCAAAUUUUAGAGAAUAGUUUUUUUUAAAGAUCCAAAUCCAGUUUUGAGAACCAUCCAACCAUGUGCAAAUUCAUUGCAAUUAAAAGAUUAAACUAGCCGAUCAUUUAACACGUGAUCCAUCUCAAAAGCGUCACAAAGUUUUUUUUUUCGAAACAAAAAUUUCAAGUUUCCGGUCUUUCGCAAAAAGCAAACAUAAACAAUAGAGAAAAUAAAGAUGAUUGCCUCAUUUUUUGACAGUUUGAUUAUAAUUUUUUUAUGCUUCUCGAAAAAUUUAUUUGCUAUUCGACCAACAUUAUUCUCUUUCUCAAAGAAUUCCUCAUUUUUGUGUUCUGGAAUAUCCCAAGGGGUCAAAAUAAGGACAAAUCGUGUUUGGGUUCUUUUUUUUUGACAUAUUCUUCAUUUUUUUCGAAGCAUUUUUUGUUUGUUGAUUCGGUCAGAACAUGUUCUUCGCUGAUUAAUUGAUGUUAUUUUUUUUUGUUUGGCGGACAUGUUUUUUUGUUCCUUUUUAAUUGCUUCGGUGAUUAUUGCCUAUCAUAUAUACAGUAGUUUAGAAAAAAAUAAAACUAGGACAAGAAUAGUUUGUGUCUUAAUUUUUUUGGGGGAAUUAUUUGUUUUCCAACAGUUGUUCUUUUUUAAAUAUUAACAUUUCUGAUCACCCGUUCACCAAUUUCUCACUAUUUGCACACAAAAUAAACAGUGUAUUUCACUCAAAUUUUCACCCCCUUUCCACUUGGAAACAUUCCAUGUUUAUUUGUGUAUUUAUUCAAAAAUAUUUCCUUUUCUUAUAUCUCCAAAAAAUUGUAGUUUGGUGGAUUGAGCAGAAACACAUUAAUCUUAUAUUCUUUUUUUCUCAUAUGAUUUAUGUGAUGAUGAAUUUGCAGACUGGACGCGCGAAAGAAGAGUCGGAGAAAUUGGCAGCAGCGAAUCGAGAAGUCGAGAAAACACAUGCUGAAUUGGCCAUGAUGGAAGCUGAAAGGUUUGUUUUGAUUGACUUUGAAAAAUUUACCAUAGAAAUCAUCACGGGAAAAAUCGGUCCUUCUAGGAACAUCUAGCAAAUUUCUCAAAAAAUCUGAAACUUGAAAAUUUUAAACCAGAGAACUAGGGCUAAAAAUAAUGGAGCCAUAUUUUCGAGUUUUUUGUAUAGUUUUGAUGUUUGAGAAUUUAAAUCAAAUCAGAAGCUUGAUUUACUUUCGAUUAUUUUUUUCUGGAUUUCUGGCAUCCGAAUCUUAUGUUUUCCGAACCCCAAAAUAAUCAUACAUUUUUCAGAUUGACACUUUUGGAGGCUCGCCAUCGUGCAGAAGUUCUUCAGGCUGAAGUCGAACGACUUGAAACAGAAUGUGAUGUGAAAGAAGGACAACGUGGAGGACUCGAAAAUAAAAUGGUUGAAUUGCAAAGUAAAUUGGAUCAGGUUAGUGAUGCUCUUCUUUUUUUUAUAAUUGACUUACUUGUGUACUUUUGAGCUUCACUUCAUUAUUUUAACCGUUUUCCUCUUUUCUCGUUCUAGCCGUUAAAAAUGAAGAAAAAUUGCAAUUUUCUCGAAAGUCAUAAAAAUGGAAGAAAAACAGCUCUUCCUCCUUUCUUCUUCUCAUUUUGUAUAUUUUCCAGAUACAAGCUGAAAGUUCGCUGAAAAUUAUGGAAUUGACUGAAGCCAACGACAAAUUGAAUGCUGAAAAAUUGACGUGGAAUGAGGAAAAAGAUCGAUUGAUUGUUGAAUUAAAUGCAGGUUGGUCAAUAAAAUUGAAAAAGAUGUCACGUGUUUAUGACGUGACAUUUAUCGAUAUUUUAAAUUUCGUUUAUUUUUUCAGAAAGAUCAACACGAAGUGCAUUAGAUUCGGAAGUUGUUGCAAUGAAAGAGCAACUCAUCAAAAAUGUGAAUUUGUUUGAAUCCGGAGCAAUGAGUUCGAGAUUAUCAAAUGUUCGAAGAAAUGAUGAAUCAAGAACAACUUCGAAUUUAUCAGAUAUUCAAUUAUCUCAACCAACAACAAUAAUAUCUGCGCGAGGUUCUCCAGAAGCACAAUUAGAUGAUGUUGCAUUAAUUAUUCGACAACAAAAUAUGAUAAAUGAAAUGAGACAAAGAAUGGAACAUUCACAAAGAGAAACAGCUCGAAUGAAAGCAAUGUUAGAAGCAUCUUCAUUAAUUGAAUCACUUGAUAAGAAAACAUCAUUGAGAGCAUUUGAAACGAGUAAAAUGAUUGAAUUGGAAAAUGCAUAUACUCGAUUGAAAGCCGAUAUGGAAAAAUUGAUAAUUGAAAGAGAUAAUUCGAAUAAUAUUCAUGCGGUAUUUGAAAGAAUUAUGGAAGAAAAUGAAAGAUAUCGAGAAGAAGCGGCUGAACUUCGAGCUAUGUUAUCAAGUCAUUUUGAAAAACAAUCUGUCAAUGGAUCGACUGCAAGAAGAUCGCCAAGACCUGAUUCUGGACAUUGUUCUGGUGCAGAUUCAGAAGAUGGAAGUUCGAAUGUUGAUUUGGAAGAAGAUUUGUGUGUUGAAAGACAGUGUAGAUAUUUGAAGAAUUUGGCAGAGUAAGAGAAAACGGAGUUAAUGAAAACAAAAAUGUUUUUUUUUCAGAAAUCUGACAAGGAUGUUGACAAAUCAGAACCUUGAGAUGGAACGUCUUCAAAAUCAACAACGAAUGAGUGAACAGCAAAUUAGUAUGGUGAGAGAUUUUCAUUGGGAAAGGCAGUUUCGGGGAUAGAUUCGAUUUUUGUGGAGCACAAAUCGUUUACGAUGAAAAUUCCAUGAAAAUUGUUUCCAGAAAUUUAAAAGGUUUAAAAAAAUAUUCAAAAUUUCUGCAAGAUUUUCGAUUAUCGAGAAAUCGAUGGCUAAAAAUUUAUAUCGAACACUUAUUUGAAAAUGGGGUUUCCCAUCAAAUAAUUUUCGAGAUGAUAUCGAAAAAAAAUCUCAAAGAAUUUCAUAAGUUAAUUUUCCCGCCUCGGUUGAUAUGUCUAUCGUAGUUGAUCUUCGAAUCAAUAAUCUGUUAGUCAUUUUCAUUUUUUGUCAAGUUUUUAUUGUUUGAUAGUAUCAAUCUGGUUUAUCCGUCCUUUCGCAUAUCUUACAAUGUAAUAAUUGUAAAAUGUUGGGUUUUUCGUUGGUAUUUGAAAUUGCUUGUCUUUUGUAAAUAUCUCAUAGUCCAUUUCAUCUUUCACUUUUUAUUUCAAAAAAAAAACCUUCUUCUGAACAAUUAUCGACUAUUUUUUCUUCUUCUUUCGAAUGAUUCAUUUAAUAUUCAUAAAUUACUCUCCAUUACUUUCUCUUCUUUUUUUCUCACUUCCGCCCAAUUCGAUCCAGUUUAUUUACUAUUUACCUCUUCGCCAACCGAAAUUUGAGUCGAUCUUUUUUUUCUGUUUUUGAAACGUGACACUAUACGAGUUUCACACUGUUUUUGAGAAUAUUUUGUGAUUUUUAUUGAAUUCAAUUCAAUUUAGAAUAAUAAUAAUAAUCGGAGAUGAGUAGUUGUGUUUGAACACCUUUAUUGACCUAAUUUUGACGUUUUACAAAACUGGUUUCGCCUUUUUCCUGUUUUUGGAAAGUUAUCGAUUUUUACUUACACUUUGCUGGUCAAAAUAAUUGUUUUUUUUUUCAUUUUGAGGUUUGCUAUUCAGAAUUUAUUGUAAUUUCGGUUGUCAACGAUACUUUUAUUGAGAAAAAUUCGUUUUGGGUCCUUGAAAAUUUUUUUAAAAGUGGCCAAAAAUUAUUUCAAAAUCUUGACCUUUUUCUCGAUCAAAAAUUUUCUCAUUUUUCUUUGAAAUAUUUAUGAAAUAGACCGUUAAGAUAUAUUAGGUAUCCAAAAUUGCCACGUCAAAAAUAAUGUUCAGAAUCAAACCUAACAACUUUGACAUCAAGAUUCAUUACCCACCAAAAAUCUACAGUGAAAGCUCAAAGAUAUCAUCUUUCUUCUUCCAAAUUGUUUCAUUUUUCGGAAUUCCUCAUAAUUUAUCUUUUGGCAAAUCAUCUCAUUUCCUUUCAACAUUUCUCCCCCUUUUUCUACCGUUACCAUGACAAUAAUCUGAUCCUAUAAAUCCUUGCUUCUUUUCUCCUUCCUCUUCUUCUAUUCAUAUGGUCAUUUUCCUUCUUUUUUUCUCUUUUUAUAUAUUUUCUCAACACUUGUUUAUGUCUCGUCCAGGCACAUAUUCGUUAUUUUUUGGCUCGUUGACUCAAUUCAUAUGGGACCCACCGAAAAAUGCAUUUUUUGCGUGCUGAGCACUCUUUUUCUCGUUUUUUUUCCUCGAAAUCCACUCGAAUCCAGCAGAUUUUUAAUUAUUUUCAGUUUUGUGCCUCAAAUGACCCGACUCUAUUGAUUUUUUGGCUUCUUUUUCUUUUUUUCGAUGGAGCCAGCCACAUUCAUUUGUAAUUCAUGUCUUUCCGAAUUUUCCGCUCUUUUGUUCUUUCUCUUUUUUCUACGAGUUAUAGUUUUUUAGUAGAAUGCUUGAAUUCGAUGAGGUUGGUACUUCUGGACCUCCACCACCAACUGUUGUUCAGCGACUUGCUUCAACAGCUGCAUCUGAUUUUUAUUGUAUGACUUUUGAUGAACCAGAUGAAGAUGUUGAUCAAUUGAGUACAUCAACUAAUAGUAAGGUAUUGUGAUAGUUUAGAUUUUAUGACAUUCAAAAUAUUGUUGGGAACGGAAAACUGGGUUUCAGUAUGAAUUCAACUUCCAGAUCAAGAUUUUCUACAAAAAAAUUAAAAUGUAUGAUUCUAUCAAAAAAUAUGGCUCCUGAAAUAAUAUUUUUAGUAAAUAUUUACGGUUUGUUAAAGCUGCAGCUGUAAAUUAUUAUUUUUAUAUUUAGGAAAUAUUUUUGAGAAUCCGGACGUUUCAUCCUGAAAUCUGAAAAGUAGUCAGUUUUGAAACAAUCAAUUUUCUAACCUUUUUAUUCUGGGAAAUGCGGAAGUUUUCCUGCACAAACCAGGUAUUGAUGGUUUUUCAUGAAAACAAAAUUUGGAAACAUUUACUCGAAAAAAAACGGAUUAUCCCCGGAUUAGGUCCAAUUUAAAAACCAUUUCCAAAAAAAUGUUGAAAUUUUUUGCAGCGACCAUCGGAUUGUUCGUUGGACGAAGCUGUUCGAGGUGUUCAUAAACAUGUUCAACUUCUCGCACAACAAAAUAUGGUAAACCGUUCCCAUCUCUUCAUUCUCAUCUAAUUCAAUUUUGAAUUCAGGAUCUCAACGAGAAACUUUGUCGACAAUCGGAAGAAUUGACAGAAGCACGUGCACAACUUCGAGGAUACAGUGGACCACUUGGAUUAGGUGAGAGACGAGCAGCAGCGGCAGGGAAACGCAUGCUUUUCCGCAAUCUUUCGCCCGCAAAAUCGAUGUUGUCAUCGAUUGGCGGAUAUAAUGAAUUGGGUGGUUGUGGUGAUACAUUCAUUGAUGGAAGUGGACCACUUCUUUCACCAUCCUCAACCACAUCUUCAACAUAUUAUUCAAUGGUGACUGAUAUUGCACCACAAUCUACAUCGAAAUGGGUUUGGACAUCACCAGCAAAUCGUGUUCCUCCAAUGAACCAAUUUGAAUAUCAAAAUGGUUUCAAAGACACUCUUAUUUCAUAUUUUGCUAGUUUAUUGAAUCGCCUUGGUUUGAAUUAGUUUGUUGUGUUUCUUUGUAAAAGUGGUGAUGGUUGUUCAGCAUGGUUUUGUUCACAAAUAUUUAUCCACUUUUUCGUUGUUUGUACAAGUUGAUUAUUAUUAUUAUUGAUUAGCAGUUACCAAUUUGUUCAAACUAAUCUUUCGAUUUUUGUUUGAAUAAUCUGGAACCGGUCUAUUCAAUCAAUUAACUCGAUCAGAUCUGCACCCAUCACCACUUUUCAGUUUUUCUUUCCUUUUCCUAACCUGUAUUCCUUUUCCUUUUUUCCUCGUGCAAACCUAGUCACAUGUUUUAAUAUUUUUCCCGGUAUUUUGUUAAUUGAAUAGUACAAUGUUUUUGUUGUUGCAUAAAUUGUUUUAUUGUUUAACCCUCUGCUUUCAGCUUCAUUUUUGAGUUUGAUUGACAUCUGAUGCGUAACGGAUUUAUUAAUGUCUCUCGGGGCCCCCUUAACUUUUCCCUUUUUUCUUAUUCCAACAAUUUCUUAUUUUUUAUAGAAAACACUUCGGACGAAGAUAUUAUUCGAUUGGAAACAUUCCAAAAGGAUAAAGCAAUUCCACACCAAGGAUUAUUAGAGGUUUACAACGUUCCUGAAUUUUCGAGAAUCAUUGUUUGUGGUGAGUGAAGUUUUUCAGGAUUUAUUUUCGAAUCUAAUGAUGUAUUUUUGUUUAGAAUUGAAACCACGUCUUGCUCGAUUACUAACCAAGAAUUUGCCAGCCUACUUACUUUUUGCCGCCUUCCGAACUCAUGAUGAAAACAAAGACGAAACGGCCCUCACCAGCUUGUUCUCUUCAGUCCAUAUUGUACUCAAAGAUACGAUCUCGGUGAGUUUUUUUUUGAAAAGUAGUUUUUGAGCUCCAAAAAUUAGGAGCUAUUUCAAAAUCAAAGUAUUAAUUUUGAAUAUGGAGUAUCAUAAUUGAAAAUUCCUUCUCAUUUCUAAAAUUGGAACUUUUUUGAAAUUUCACAAUCAAGUCGAAUUAGAAUUUAAAAAAAACUCUCUUUCCAGAAUUCGCACGAUCUUGAACUUUUAUCGUUAUGGCUUGUGAAUACCUGGCGUCUUUUCAAUUUACUCCGACAAUAUGCCGGAAAUGACACUAAUCCUGAAUGGCAAGCUGCCAACACUGAACAACAAGCCAAAUAUCGAUUCAAAUCCUAUGACGUCACUCCAAUUCGUGAUCAACUCAAACUUCGCGUCGAAGAAUGCUAUAUGAAUUUGAUGAAAAAAGCAAUUGAACACGCAUUUUGCCCGAAAAUUGUGCCUGGAAUAUUGCAUAAUGAAAGUAGUAGUGAUUUGAUGACAGCUGGACAAGAUCGAAGAGAACGAGGAUCAUCGGCAAGUUCGGAAAAUACACAGAAAAAGACACUUGAUGAUUUGUUGAAAUAUGUGAGUUACCAUAACUUUGGAGAUGAAAAAUAGAAUAAUUAUUGUUUUGUUUAGGUUGAUAUGGUUCAUUCUCGAUUAUUAACAUAUGGUGCAGAUGCUAUAAUUGUUAAUCAAGUAAUCGGUCAUAUGUGUCAUUGGAUGUGCUCACUUGCUCUUAAUAAUAUGAUGUUUAGAAGAGAAUUGUGCAAUUUUGAAAAAGCCAUUCAAAUUAAACAUAAUGUAACUGAAGUACAAUCUUGGCUUCAGGCCAAAGGAUUGUCAUCAUUCCGCGAACAUUUGGAACCACUUGUACAAGCUUGUCAUUUAUUGCAAAGUCGAAAAGAUGAAUCGAAUUUGGAUACUUUAUGCGGUGAAAUGACGAGUAAAUUGAAACCUCGUCAAGUUGUUGCAAUUCUUCAACAUUAUGAUCCGGAUCCAGAUAUGGAAGAGGAAAUGUCGCCAGCGUUUUUGAUUAAAGUUCAGAAGAAAUUGAAUGAAAGAGCGGCUGCGAAUGGGGAUCCAAUUGAAGAUAAGGUUGGUAUUUUCAUAAUUUUGAAUCAGACGGGGUGAGAAUAAAAACAAAGGAUAACCCCAAAAUAUGGAUUAGAAAAAAAUUUAGUCAGAUAUCCACAUUUUUCCAGAAUGCAUUGAUAAUGCGCGGAACUUAUGCUCCACCAUUUGAUACAACUCCAUUCUCAUAUAGUGAUUUCCCACUGGAAACUCUCAGUCUACCAAGUUGCCUACAUUUGCAGAAUGUUUGCAGACUUAUCUAA